UUAUGCAGUAAACAAACCAAGCACUGUCAACUGUGCAGUUGUUUUUGCGUCUUUUCUAAGAGUAAACAAACCUUCUUUGUAUUUAUUAGGCAUGCGUGACUAUUAUCUAUAAACAUGUCUGAGGUUUUUGAGAUUUUUGAGCCAGGCCUAGUUGUCAAAAUAGGUGAAAGAGAAGAAAUCGUUCCGGAGUCCCAAGUCGAAUUCGAAGUCGUCGAAAUCGAAGAGGACAUCACGGUGCCUCAUCAUCAUCACCAUGAGGAAAGGCCCACUGGUGAUGGUGAUGGUACAAAUGAGAUAAUCAUCAUUGAAGAAACGGCGGCCGCAUCAAUAAUUGAUAUUGAAACGACAUCCGAUUCAAGCCCAAGUCCAACACCAGAGAAUCAAGAAGAUUCCAAGCAGUUUUCAACAAAAUCAAGACCAGCCAAACACAGAGGAGAUAAGAGGGUAAAAUCACGGACAAAGCAAAUCAGAGCAGAAAAUGUAUCAAAAAGGAAAAGUAAAAGGACCAAGACAACCCCCUUGCCGGUUGUUAAGGAAAAAGUCACAAGGAAGAUGCGCCAGUCAGCGAAAGCGAAACUAAAGAAGGAGAAAACUCGAAAAGCCAAUUUGUACCUUCGUAAGGGUUUGGAUAAUCCCACUUCUGCACCUAGUGUUGCUGACAUUCCAGAGGCACAAAGAAUCAAGUGUGGACUUGAAGAAUUCCAGUCGGGGAAGUUUAAGACGGUGACAGCCGCUGCAGCCUAUUGGAGAGUCCAUGCUGGUAAGCUGUAUCGCCGUUCCAAAGCAGAGGUUCCCAUGACUACUCAACAUGGACCAGCCCCAGUCUUGACAGAAGAGGAAGAGCAAGACCUUGCUAACUGGGUCUUAACCAUGUCCGAGGGAGGUUUCCAGGUCCCUGCAGUUUUGCUUCGAGAUGCAGUGCAGAGCUUCUUCAAGCGAGACAAUAGCCCUUUUAUAAAUGGCAGACCAUCUUACCGCUGGUAUUAUAGUUUCUUACGGCGUCACCCUAAAUUGAAAGAAAUGAAAACCUCCAACUUAGCUCUGCUUUGCGAUGCUGCUCCUACAAAGAGAGGUUUAGAUGAGUGGUUCAGAGAACUGAAAUCCCUCCUCAUAAAACUUGACAUAGUAGAUAAACCUAGCCAAAUUUUCAAUUAUGCGGAAACCACAUUUGAGAUUGACAAGAAAACAAGCAAAAUUGUGGUGUUUGCAGAGCCGUUUGUGUGCCUUGCUGUCGGACGCAGAAGAGCAACAGUCGGGAUGUGUGCGAGUGCAGACGGGCAUCUUCUUCCACCCUUCAUUAUUUAUCGCUAUCGGGGAAUGUGUCACAAGACCAACCAGUGGGAUCCCCUUGAUGGGGCAUCCAAGGGAUCGGGAGUGAUCAUUCUUGAGAGAGAUGGAAAGAAGCAAGAUGCAUUCAGCUCGUGGUUAGAGUGGCACUUCGUUAAGAAUCUCGGAAAUGCACGCCCUGUUGUUCUUCUUCUGAGUUGCCAACACAAUUCCAUACCUUAUGAGGCAUACGUCACAGCGCGUAAAAAUGAUGUGUACUUGUUUCGAGUACCAACCAAAGCGAUGUCACUAGUUCAACCCCUUGACAUUGGAGAGGAUGGCCCCUUCAGAAUGGCAUGGCUCACAAAAUGGACAACGCAAAACCAGUGGUUACCCGUAAGAACUGACAAUGUAGCUCAUGUAAUCAGCUCUGCAUGGAAAGAGGCUGACAACUCAGAGGCCAUCCGUAGUUGCUUCAUUCAGUCAGGAGUUUAUCCUCUCGAUCGAGAGAUGGUCGAUGAUGCUCAUCUGCCAGAUAAAAUCCUAAACUCUCCGGAAAGAAACCCACCAAAGUAUAAAGAACCCGUUCAGGGAGAUGAUGACCAGGAAAAACACCUCUCCACUUCUGCAACAUCUUCAAAUGUAGCUGAAAUUGUCUUCAAGAAACUGGAUGAUAAACUCGACAAAACAACAAGAGAAACUUACAGAACUUGUAUUGAAAGCGGGCUGGAUCUUGAGGAGACACCAUUGUUUUCAGUUUGGAAGAAACUCUAUAAGGAAGCUUACCACACAGAAUCGAAAAGCACCUGGAAGUUUUCCAAAUCUGGGAAGAGUUCUAGGAGACGAGGGAGGAAGCAGUCACCACGACGAAGGAAAAGAAGCAGCAAGCACUCGAAGGAUGAGGUUUACUGCCCAGUUUGUGAGGAAGAAUAUUGGGAAGAUGGUGAGGACUGGAUAGGUUGUGAUGGACAGUGUCAGUCGUGGUACCACAUCAACUGCCUUCCUCCUGAGGUGGUGACGCCUGCAUUACUAGAAGACAAGGAAAUGGUCUGCCCAAAAUGUGUGCAUUCCUGAGGAGGCUUCUAGAGGUUGAAGGACUGUCUUCAAGUCUAGUAUUUCUUAGCUGCUACUGAUGAGCUGCUUCAGUGGCAUUUGGGGUUUGCGUUUUUGUUAAUGAUAGUAGAAAGCUUACCUUAAAAUGUUACUUGCUGAAGAGCUGUAGUUUUUGAGAA